GAUCAGACUGUGAACGACAACUCUGCAGAAAACAGAGUUGCUCUGUUUUUCAACAACUUGAAAAUUCAGACACACACGACUACUCCAUCUCAUGGAUGGGUCAUCGAAAGAUGAUGAAAUCAGAAUCAUGGAAGGUUGGCUGUAUCGCAUUCGCUCCAACAAAUUCGGAUUUCAAUACUCGAGGAAACGAUACUACGUUCUUCAAAAUCACCUUCUGAAAAGCUUCACUUCUGUCCCAAUUUCCAUCCAUAAUGAUCCUGUUAGAACUGCCUUUGUAAAUUCCUGUAGUUGUGUAAUGGAGAGUGGGAAAAAGAGCAUUCGAGGAAAGGUUUUCUUUAUUUUCACUCUUUGUGGAAUUUCUAGCAAUGGGGUUAGUGUUAAGUUAGGAGCAAGAAACCCUGAAGAAGCUGCAAAAUGGGUUGAAGCCUUUCAGAAAGUAUCUCUAAAGAUGACCCAAAAUCCUCUCUCUUUAGUCUCAAUUAAAGAUCAUAAAGCAGCUGACGUGGCAUCUUACUGGACAAUCUUUGGUUGUCACAAUGGUCUCAGACUAUUUAAAGAAACAAGAAACGAAUAUGAUCAAAAUAAAGUUGUUCAUCCCGCAAUAGCUGCCAUGAGUGUGAUUGAUGGAGCUCCAGAAGUUGUAUUCCAAAUACUUAUGUCUCUUGGUUCUACAAGAUUAGAGUGGGACUUUUAUUUGAAGAAGGGUAGUGUGAUUGAAAGUAUAGAUGGUCAAACUGAUAUUAUUCAUAAGCAUUUGAAUGGUGAUUGGUUACCUUGGGGGAUGAAACCAAGAGAUUUAUUGUUGCAAAGAUAUUGGAGUAGGGAGGAGGAUGGAACAUAUGUUAUCCUUUAUCAUUCUGUACUUCACAAAAAGUGUCCCCCUCAAAAAGGCUACGUCCGUGCAUGCCUUAAAAGUGGAGGAUACGUAAUAUCACCUAUUGAUCAUCAACAUAAACAAUCAGUAGUCAGACACAUGCUUGAUAUUGACUGGAAACUUUGGAGAUCUUAUAAAUAUUUACAAAAAUCUCAAUCUCUUUCAGUUCACAUGCUUGGAAGACUUGCUGCUUUGAGGGAAUUCUUCAAAACAAACAUAUCGAGUUACUUAUCUGAAAGAAAGGAUUUAAAGAACGAAAACGAAGAUUUAUUUUUAGAAAUGGAGGAUGAAGAAUCAGAAUUAUCAGAUGAAUUCUUUGAUUUUCCAGAACCUUUUGACGAUGAUCAAUUAGAAAGUAAGGAAAUGGUAGCUCGAGAAGAUGGGUUUUUAUGUAAUUACAAAUUUACCCUUCCAAAAGAUGAAAAUGGUGAUCUACCAAACAGUUGGUCAGUUCCAGAACCUUCGUUGUUUCAAAUACGUGGUGAAACUUACUUCAAAGACCAUAAGAAGAUUCAUGCAAAAACCACGUUGAUGCAAACUAUUGCUGUGGAUUGGUUGAGAUCAGAUAAACGGGAAGAUAAUCUUGCUGCCCGAUCGGGCAGCAUUGUUCAGAAAUUUGCAGCCCGUGGCUGCCCGGAAUUUUUCUUCAUUGUUAACUUUCAGAUUCCAGGUUCAACAACUUAUAAUAUUGCUUGUUACUAUAUGACAAAUACUCCUCUCAAAGAUUUGCCAUUACUAAAGAAAUUUGUAGAAGGAGAUGAUGCAUUUAGGAAUUCAAGAUUUAAGCUCUUACCUCAUGUAACUAAGGGGCCAUGGAUUGUGAAGCAAAGUGCUAGUAGAGCCAGUCUCGUGGGCCAGUUGCUUAAAGUUAACUACAUACGUGGGAAUAACUACAUCGAGGCUGAUAUUGAUGUUGGAUCAUCUACACUUGCAAGGGGGGUUGCUAGCACUUGUCUGAGUUAUUUUAGUAGUUUGAUAUCUGAAACUGCGUUUGUGAUACAGGCAAAUACACAAGAUGAGCUUCCGGAACAUCUUUAUGGUGCAUCUAGACUAAACUAUCUUGAUGUUUCAAAAGCUUUCUGGGCAAAUCCUUGAUCUAAAUGCUUACCUAUUGUAAUUAAACAAUUACAAUAUGGAUUUUCAUCAUUGCAUUGGAAUUUGAAAUCCAAAUUGGAAACUGGUAAAUUGCAUAUAGAGUAAAUAGGUAUAUGAUUGUGAUCAAUUCUGUGAAGAUUUGAAAUGGUAAUUCAACUUUGUGUUUUUGUAACACUUUGACUUGUAUCACUUAAAGGUUUUCUUAAAAGAGAAAACCAUGGAUAUAAGUGUGGACUUCUUCGGUAUUCUUAUUUCACCUUUAAUAAAGUCUCUCUCUCUCUCUC